AUGAAUUCCUGUUUGUAUAUAAUCCCUUCGCGUGCUGUUCGUGCAUUAUCGCCAUAUCAUUUUCGUGCUCCGUGGCCGUUUGUUAAAAAGGGAAGACUUGGACAUCGCAAAAUUGGACCAGUUUUUUAUGAGAGUUGGAAAUACCCCGGUCAAAACCAUGAAUUUCCAGAAAUUUCACCCAAAUUUCAGAGUUUGAAUCUUCCUGAAACGAGAAAUUAUACCAAUGUUCAGCUAGAAGGGUACGAGGAUCCUGUGACAAAGAAAUUUACUGUGGUCAAGGAAAUGCAAUGCGAAAUCAUAGUACCCAAUCUAGAUAACUUUAAAUUAAAGCCAUACGUUUCGUACAAGACGGAUAUUGAAAUCGAAAAAAGACGCCAGGCGUACGAAACUGCUUUGCGCGACGUGGGAAGUGAGGAAUUGGCUGAUCAGAAAGUAAAUGAGGACGAACGAUGGCCCCCGCCACAGUUAACUCCUAGGGCACUUUUCGACUUAUUUUACGCACCGCGUGUAAAGUAA